ACCUUUCCUUUCUAAAUCCAUGUUAAAUUGUAAUUAAUAGAAUAACAUUAUUAUAAAUAAUAACUGUCUCUCCAUUAUUCACUCUCGCUCGCGUUGCUCUUUCCCAAUUUAUUCCAUUUCCACCUCUUAAUUUCACAUUUUUUCUUUCAUUUUCUUAUUUUCUGUUUUCUAAAGCCCUCCGCUCCUCCUUUCUCUUUCUCUCACUUCUCUUAGUUACAUAGCCAUGGCGAGGAAGAUGCUUAAUGAUGGGGAGCUGAGCAAGGCCGAUGAAGGAGAUGCUCACUAUGACUUUGAUUUGUUUGUCAUUGGAGCUGGAAGUGGUGGCGUUCGCGCCUCUCGCUUUUCGGCUAAUUUUGGAGCUAAGGUUGGGAUUUGCGAGCUUCCUUUUCAUCCAAUCAGCACAGAAGUAGUUGGGGGAGUUGGUGGAACGUGUGUAAUUCGUGGUUGUGUUCCCAAAAAGAUUUUGGUUUACGGAGCUUCUUUUGGAGGGGAAAUUGAGGAUUCUAGGAAUUAUGGAUGGGAGGUGAACGAAAAAGUUGACUUCAACUGGAAAAAACUUUUGCAGAAGAAGACAGAUGAAAUAGUAAGAUUAAAUGGAAUUUACAAGCGAAUGUUGUCAAAUUCUGGUGUUAAAUUAUAUGAAGGAGAGGGAAAGAUAGUUGGUCCUAAUGAAGUUGAGGUUACACAACUAGAUGGUACUAAGUUGUGCUACACAGCAAAACACAUAUUGAUUGCAACUGGAAGUAGGGCUCAGCGUCCUCCAAUUUCUGGGCAGGAGCUGGCUAUAACCUCUGAUGAGGCAUUGAGCCUGGAAGAAUUACCCAAGCGCGCUGUGAUCCUUGGGGGAGGGUACAUUGCUGUUGAGUUUGCUUCCAUAUGGCGCGGUAUGGGUUCUACUGUGGAUCUAUUAUUCAGAAAAGAACUCCCGUUAAGAGGUUUUGAUGAUGAAAUGCGAGCAGUGGUUGCUAGAAAUCUGGAAGGUAGAGGAAUUAAUUUGCACCCAAGGACAACUAUAAAGGAGUUGAUUAAAACAGAGGACGGCAUAAAAGUUAUUACAGAUCAUGGUGAAGAAUUGAUGGCAGAUGUUGUACUCUUUGCCACUGGUAGGAUACCUAAUUCAAAAAGGUUGAAUUUGAAAGCUGUUGGCGUGGAAGUUGAUGAGACAGGAGCUGUGAAGGUAGACGAGUACUCACGCACUAACGUACCUAGUAUCUGGGCUGUUGGUGAUGUAACAAAUCGAAUGAAUCUUACCCCUGUGGCCUUGAUGGAAGGAACAUGCUUUGCAAAAACUGUUUUUGGUGGGGAAUCCUGCAAACCAGACUACACCAGCAUACCCUGUGCUGUAUUUAGCAUACCUCCUCUAUCUUUAGUUGGUCUCAGUGAGGAGCAGGCCAUAGAGCAAGCAAAGGGUGAUAUUUUGGUUUUCACAUCAAGCUUCAAUCCGUUGAGGAACACUGUCUCUGGACGGCAAGAGAAGACUGUAAUGAAGCUAGUUGUGGACGGUGAGACAGAUAAAGUUUUGGGAGCUUCUAUGUGUGGGCCAGAUGCAGCAGAGAUAAUGCAGGGUAUUGCUGUUGCACUGAAAUGUGGAGCAACUAAGGCACAGUUUGACAGCACGGUGGGUAUUCACCCAUCUUCUGCUGAGGAAUUUGUGACAAUGCGAUCUGUCACAAGGCGUGUCUCUGCAGGCAGCAAGCCAAAGACAAAUCUGUAAGAUGCAAACAUCAUCGAAGGUGGGACUGGCGGGUGGCAUGUUGGAGUUAAAGAAUUAUAGUACCUAGUUGGAAGAUACAUAUUGCUUGGAGACAGGUAUUUCAUUAUCACAGGAAAAAAAAAAAAGUUAAGUAAAUAAUCAGAUACAGCCAUGUCUGCUAAAAUUUGUUUUAAAUAAAAGCACCAUCCAUCUUUGAAUAUUUGAACAGUUUUGGUUGUGAUUGUGUGAGAACAGGAUGUAAUUUAUUUUUAGAUUAUUAUAUUAGUUAUUUUGUAGACCAA